UGAAAUAAUUCCGUUGGAGAGAUUUUGAUUAGCGGAAGGAAGCACAUAGAUUUAAAAAAGGAAUAAAAUAUACUAUAAAAAAUACUCCACUCCGUAAAAAAUAAAAAAAUAAAACCCUAGUCUGUUAUACUACUAUACUACUUCCCUGUCUCCUCAAAUUCAAAAUCUCUCUCCUCUGCGUCCUCUCUCCCUCCCUUUUCACCCGUAUUUCCUUUUCCUUCGGCGAACAGACGCAUAAGCAAUUCUCGAAAUUGAUGGAUGGAAGAGACUGCAAUAAGAGGACAAAGAGGGAGUGUGGAUCAGGGUUUAGGGUUGACAGAAUAAGUGGAUUACCUGAUGAAAUCAUAUACAUCAUACUGUCUUUCCUACCCUUGAGACAAGCUGCGGCCACUAGCCUUCUUUCUCACCGAUGGCAGCAUUUGUGGAAGCAUACUUCUAAUCUCGACUUUUACGACCCACACACCAUUGUAAUCAAUCGCAACUCAUGGCGUGCAGAGACGUGCCGCCAUGUCAAAAUCGUCAAUUUGGUUCUUGAAUCACAUCAAGCCCUUUUCAUUAAACAGUUCACAAUUUCGAUUUACGUAAACAAAUCAGCACAUAGCACAAUCACCAAAUGGCUCAAAUUCGCGCAGUUGAGACGAGUUGAGAGAUUGGAUUUAAACUUCCACUGUAUGAAUUUGAGUGGAAGGCGUGCGGUUGUGUUAGAAGAUUUGGUGCGAGAGAUGAGGCCUAUGAAAUAUCUCAAGGCUCUGUCUCUGGACACUAUGAAAGUGAGUGGUCAAGACAUCUCAUAUUUCCUCAAAAGUUGUCCCCUAUUGAGGGAACUCAAUAUCACAACAUCGUCUUUCACGUCUGAUGUUCAUGUCUUUGGCGAUUUGGAGAUUCUUCGGAUACGUGGAUGCAUCUUUAGGAAAUUCGCUAUCGAAAUUUCUGCUCCACAUCUUUAUGAAGUUGUUGCUGAUUCUUAUGAACUUAUUUCCGAUGCAAAAACAGGCGCCCUACGGUUCAAGAAUGUCCCAAGACUUGCCAUAGCAAGUCUUGAAAUUGGAAAUCUAAGAUAUAAUGCGGCCAAUUUUGCUUCAGCAGUAUCUUGCUUUACUUCCCAUCUCCAAAAACUCAUAUUGUUUAUCCCAUCCUCAAAACAUAAGAUUUUUUUAAGGGAACGGCUUCCCCAUAUGCCUAAUCUAAAGGAGUUGUACGUUGUAGUUUCGUGUUACCAUGUGCACCACUGUAUUGUGCCGGUAACAUCUAUAAUAUCAGCAUGUCCUCGUCUUCAGAUGUUCACGUUCAAGUUUUAUAUAUGUGAAGAUAUUGAAAGAUUCCCAGGCGAAUUUAGUAAAUAUUAUUUGCAAACUUAUGGCUGUAAACGAUCACAUGUUUUUGAAUGCCCACACCAACGUCUCAGAAUGUUAAAGUUUCAAGGAUCGUGUGCAACCGAUAUCAUCAAAUCGAUGACCUACAUUUCAACUUGUUGCGACGCAUAUCAAAAGAUAAAUACUUGUACUCCACAUAUGAGUGAGACUGAGGCACAAGCUCAUAUUGGCCACAUGCAACAACUUCAAUCCCAGUUACCUCAUCAAGUUGAAUUCGAGUUUAGAUAAUAUUAAUGCACUUUCUUUGCCAAUUUUGUGUGGUUUUUUAACGUGAUGUCAGAUCGACUUUGUUGCCCUUUGAUUAUAGAACAAAAUAUUUAUUAUAGUAUAUGGUAGUUACGUUCUUAAAAUUGUGCAUCGAUUUGUAAUUGUUUAUUGAAGAUAGUGAAAUUUUACUCUUUUUGUUA